AUGAGUUUCGAUUAUCGUAAUAUAAUUAUUUCUUCACAAAGGCAGUGUUCUCCAACGACUUGUGUUGACGGACAAUUUUUCCAAAAUAUAACUCUUUCUUAUUUUUUAAGUAGAAGAAAACAAGUUCAAAGUUUAAGAAGCCCCAACGCCUUCUUAAUUUAUCGUAAAGCAUUUCUAGAUCAACUUUCUCAUUCUAAUCAUAAUAUUAAAAUGACUGAAGUUUCAAAAGUAGUUAGCUAUUUUUGGAAAAAUGAAAAACAGAACGUAAAAGACGCCUACAAAGAAAUAGCUAAAGAAGUAGAAAACGAAUUGAUUGAAAACCGUAAAAAAGAUUUAUCCACUGUUCGAGUUGUAUGGAAAAAUUCUAAAUUGUCACGAAAACGUAAACAAAAUGUUAAAUGCUCCAAUAAUAAUAAUAAUCAUCCCAGUAACAAUCCGUUAUGCAUAUCAUUUGAUGAAAUGGGAAAUAAUAACAACAAUUCCAACAAUUCCUCCUCCUUUCAACAACAACUAAAUGACGAAUCUUUAAAACAAGUCGAUUCUAUAGAUUCUAUUUAUGAAUUUGUUUCCGUAUCUCCUCCGGGAUUAAUUGCAUCUCCUCCUCAUUUAUCAAGCGACUCUAGUAACUACUCAUUGGAUUCAUCUGAAACAACGCCAAUCUUAGGAGUAGAAACGCCAAACCUAACACCAAAUUCGAAUCUAGAAGUAUGUAGUACGCCAAUCUUAGGAGAAGAAGCCACGACAUCUAUCUUAGGGGGAAGAGGAGGUGAACAACAACCACCUAUUAAUUAUUCUCCAUAUUAUUCGUCUUCGCCUUCGUCACCAAAUGAAAUCAACAAUAAUUGCGAAAUUAUUGAAAAUCAAUCACAGGAUUUUUUCUAUUUUAACCAAUUUCAAGAUUACUUUCAACAACAACCAACAAAUUACAAUUCAAAUUAUAAUUAUAAUUGUUUUUUAAUUAUGAAUGAUCGAUCACCAUUUCUUGGCCCUUUAUUCAAUGAUAUAAAAACUUCAGAUAUCCUUCUUCGAAUUGAUAAUAUUCAUUUUCAUGCUCAUGUCUGUGUAUUAUCUGUUACUUCAAGAUUUUGGAAUCGUUAUUUUAGAUAUACAAAACUUCAAAAACGACAUGAUUAUAGUUGUUUGAAAAGUAAAUCAAUUACAAAAUUAUAUCAAUAUAAGGGUGAUCCUGAAACCGAACUAAAUUAUACAUUCGAAGACUUUGGAAUUUUUCUAAAGUAUUUAUAUGGGUAUCCAAUAGAAGAAAUUGAUGUAAAUAAAUUUUUUGUCCUUGCUUAUCUUGCCUCUAACCACAAAUUUGAUGUCCCAGAAUUAUUGGAAUUUUGUGAUCAAAUUUUAUACGAAACGUGGGGCUGUCAAAGUUGGCGAGUUACAUUGAGAGUAUCUAAAUGGAUAGGAUUAAUUAAAUUAAGAUUUAAAAUUUUGAAAUACAUAUAUUCUAAAGGAGAUUCCAUGUUUUUAAGUUAUAUAUCUAAAGAACUUGAUGAAUUUGAUUGGAAAAUUAUUUAUGUUAUUUCUGAUAAAGAUCCAUGUUGUAAAUCCGAUUUUGAAGAACUUUUUAAUAUUAAAGAAUACGAAGAAUGUGAAGAUGAAAAUCAAAGUGAAGAAGGAAUAAAGGAAGAGGAAAGUGGAGACGAAGUAGAAGAAACGGUAGAAGAGAAGGAAGAUGAAGAAAGUAAAAUGUUCGAAGAUGUCACGCAAUUUGAUAAUAUUGCCACCAUAGAAAAUGAAUCUUUUACGAAAAUUUUAAAAAUUUAUAUAUGA